UAAAAAUAAAUAAAUAGAAAGUUUAAAUGCGAUUCGAAUUUGAAAACAUUACUCUAGUUCCAUUCAAAAUUAGAUAACUUAUUUAAAAGCCUGGAAGAUUUUGGAGUUUCCAAAAAUGAAGAUCUGGACUGCAAAUUUAAAAUGCAGCUAAUGAAAUUAACUCUCUCACAAGUGUUUGAAUUGUGAGUUUUGAAUGAAAGAGUGAUGACACACAGAUGUGGGGCCCUUAUUGGCCCCUGGAGUGUGGAGGAGGGAUCUAGAGCCUGUCAUUGAGGGAGGACGGAGGGAGAAAGCGAGUUUGCUGGAGCAGCAGAGCUGCAGGUAAACGGCUGUUUGUCAGCACGAGCAUCUCCCUCAUGACACACUAAUGAGCAGAUUCACUGAUUACUGGAGCUUCUCGUCUGAUCUGACUCGUGUGUGUGUGUGUGUGUGUGUGUGUGUGAGAGAGGAACACACUCUCCGCUUGACGAGGACCCGCGUUUCCACACCAGCAACUUCCAGCAUUUUGUGCAUUUUUGCCAGCAUCCAGGAUGAAGCCCAACAAAAGAGGUGAGAGUCGUUUGCAUGUGCGGCGUGUUGCGCGUCAGAUCUGUGUCUCCACACGCUGUCCAUCUGCGCGUGGCGUGAUUUCCAGGCUGAACGCGUGAAACGCAGAUAUGCUCCUGAUUCUGGCCUUUCCUGAAGCGGCUGAUCCACGCGUUUGCUUUUCACGAGCUCGAAUCUUUGCAGCUUUAUUGACUUCCACGCGUUUGCUACAUUGUAUCAUUGUGCUCCGAUGACGUCAGAGCGCGUUUGUUUGUUCCCUUUCGCGCGUCUGCGCUGCGGCCCCGUCUGUUUAUUCGCGUCUGCAAACAGACUUUUGUUUGAUCGCUUUUGAAGACCUGUGUAGUUUCAAAUGUAAGCGUUUUCAAAAAACGAGAAAGUUGCAGUAAAUGACGCUGAAGACGCGGAGCUGCCUCAAUCGUGUGUGUGUGUGUAUGUGUUUGUACGUGGCCCUCGUGUUUGUUUGGGACUACAAAUAUUCUUCUGCGUUUCGGUCAGCAUGCAGUGUGGAAGUAAGGAAGGGGGAAAUGACGUCGAAGAUGUGGCGUUCAUUCAAGCAUUUGUUGCAUUGGUUUUAUGUUAGAGAUUCAUGUGCAUGAACUAAUAGCUUUUGAGGAGGACCAGAACGGAGACACUGAGUUUUCUGCCAUGUCGGACAGUGACCCGUGUGAAGACGACAGUUACCCUCUCAACCUGUCCACCAGCGGCAGAAGCGGGUCUGCCACCAAACGCCGCCGCCGCGGAAACCUCCCCAAAGAAUCCGUUCAGGUUCUGAGGGACUGGCUGUACGAGCAUCGCUUCAACGCUUAUCCAUCAGAGCAGGAGAAGCUGAGCCUGUCUGGACAGACGCAUCUCUCUGUGUCACAGAUCUGUAACUGGUUCAUAAAUGCCCGCCGGAGGCUCCUGCCGGACCUGCUCAGGAAAGACGGCAAAGACCCCACUCAGUUUACAAUGUCACGGCGCACCAGCAAACCAGACAGAUCCGCCUCCCCGGAAUGCCCCGCCUCUUCGACACGCCCCUCUGUCAUCUGCCCCGCCCCCACAUUGGACUUGAGGCUGUUGGGUAACACUGCGACGGCAAUUUUGGCUGGAGCCGGUUGCUUGCCGUCGUCAGGAAACCGAGGCGGCAGUGUUCAGGCUCUGAUGCAGCUGGACACUCGAGGUCUGCUGAGACGGGAAGGCCUAACUGGAGACCAGUACCUGACGACUAUACCGUAUGCUUCUACCUCUGUCCCAACCCUGGGAGCGGUGAGCCCGACUGGGGUCCUGUUCAACACGCCUCCACCUACCCCACCGGAGCUAUGCCCUCAAGAUUUCAGCGAUCUGAAGCUUCUGAUGGAUGCGGCCCUGCAGCGAGCGGCCGAGCAAGAAAUCAGUCAGCAGAAAGAACAAACGAUGCAGCAACAACCAAACGGACCUACAAACGAAAGUUCAAGAGCGCUCAUCCAGAAAAGCGAUUCGGAGACUCCUUCAAGGGACAAAUCCGAUGCUGCACCGAGCUUGACGGAGAGCUCAGUAUUACCCGUAUCGGUUCCCAUCAUGAGCCACUCUUUUUCAGGCCCUCCCGUCGAUCUAAGCAUGGCUGGUGUCUCCGAUGCGAAAUCUGGAAGCUUUGCGUGGAGCGUCCGACAAACCGGUCCACCUGCGAAUGUGGUAUCACACACAUGGGUUUCGCAGUACACACGUAAUACGGUCACGGAAGCGGUUAACUAAAAACUCAAGCAGACGAAGUCACUUUAGACUCCAUUUGUUUGCUUCUUUUUGUUGGAAGACUCUGGAGCAGAUGCCUCCCCAAAUCGUUGUCACGGAUACCGUUUGGAUGUUGCUUGGUACCCAGAGAGGCUCUUCGCUGAAAUUCUCUUCAGGGGAUUCCGGAGUGAAGCUUCUCUACACCACAAUGUAUUUUUAAGACAUUUUUAAAAACUUUUUAAACCAAAACCCUUUACCUUUUUUUUUUUAACUAUGUGAAGUUCACGGGCAUGCAUAAAAUGCUCUUCGAAAAUAAUCCAGCAUUUCAGACUCUGGGAUCUUCGAGACCAAGUGGAGGCCCUUUCAGGUGGAAAUAUUACCAUGUGCAAACACCAGCAAACCUGUGCAACUUGGGUUUACAGCCAAGAGAUUUUAAUUUGAACGUUUGUAGUUGAAGUGGCCUUGCAUUGCUUUUGAUAAAGAAGCUCCACGUAUGCCCGUUUUCCUCAGUAUAUCCACUAGGGUUAGCCGUCUGUCUGUCUGUCUGUCGUAUAGCAUGCUUUACUUAUUUGUUGUGAUCUGUGAAUGCAAAGACCAGCAUGCAGCAUUUAAAUGUCAGCAUUUAGCAACCAAAUACGCUCUCUUCGAUUUAAUACUAUGCUCCGAUUUUGCCUGAAAAGCCACUGCUGAUGAAGCCUCUACUUCUACAAUCUCAACUUUGAAAGUCUCUCCCAGUAGUGUGAUAUUUGUCAUAUUUCCUGCACUUUAUAGUCCAAUUUCACCUCCUCGUCGUUAUGUCAGGAUCGUCUAUCCAGUCUCAGAAUAAGAUCCGAGCGCUCUCGCGUGUGCCGUGACGUGCGCUUUUGGAAAUUGAUCGUACUGCAGAGAUCAUCCCUCACGUCUCGUGUCUGUCUGAGGAUGCGGGAGGGAGAGAGGGAGGUCGUCUCAAAGACAGCCGGCAUUGAUUUUCUUCACUUCUCAUGUAACGUGAUCAUAGGGCUGCAGCUUUAUUUUUGCUGAAAUGAUUAUUGUUCUUACAGUAUUGUUAGGUGAAGUAGAUGAUCAGCAUUAAUAACUGUGUUUAACAUAUCUCAGUGUAGAGGGAGACGUCAUGCGUAUGUGUUAGUGAGCGGAUUUAUUUUUGAUGCUAAACGUGUUUCGUGCAUUUCCAAGAUGAAUUUAAAGUCUGUUUGUACCUCUCUGAGAUGAACUGAAGUGCUUCUUUCUCGCUCAGCAUCUGUGAAUGUAUCUAGAGAACUAACAGAUAUUAUUUAGAAACAGAAUUAUUUCCAGUUGAUUUCAUGAGCAAUCUCUUGAAAUCUUUUUUUUUUUGACACUAGAGGAUCUAGAUGCAUUAUGAUUUUAUGCUUGUAGUUUCCAUGAAACUGAGAACAGAUUAGUCUUUAUAGUAAUGAUCUUAACCUUUUAAUAUGCUUAUGGUGCGGUUCACGUCAUUUCAGUUUAUUCACUCACGAACGUGCCAUAAUUCUGAUUAGUUUUUAUCAUGCUGCGUAAUUUCUCAUUGAGGUCACGUCUGUAGUACUGUACAUGUUUCUUCUUGUUUUUCAGUGUCUCAGGUUUGUUUAUUGUAGUUUUUGAUGGACUUUUCCUUCUUAGGUUUGAGUCAUUUUAUUUCCUUCUCUGACAUCACAAAGGGAGUUUUUAAUUAAAUUCUAAAAGGUGCAUUUUUUUUUUUUAAAGCCACGUUUGAGCUGAUUAUGAGAAACCGACUGUAGCAUCACAAACUCUAUUACAGAUCUAAUUAACUAACAUUUCGAAACCACUGUGAUCGUUGGGUUAGUUACUGAAACAGUGAUAGGUACUGGAAGUAAAUCUAUAUAUUUCAUAUAAUGUACUCUAUUUUUUCACCUCUUCAGAAAGACCAAUAUUAAUAUUCCUGGAACUGUAUUAUUGAUGUUCUUAUUGCAAAAAGGGUCUUCUGGAUGACAAUGUGAAACAUGUAAAUAUAUCAUUCAGGUUUUUGUCUGGC